AUGGCACCCAAAGCCCAACGCGUAGUAGUCGAGCGCCCCGCCCGUCGCACUGCUCAACCAAAAGGUUAUUUCGCAAGCACAUAUUCUGCAUUAACUGCACCCGAGAAUGCGAGUGUGGUGAGGAGUAUUGGGGUUUUUGGACUUGCGGUUGCGUUUUUUUCGAGCACUUGGAGUGAUUAUCUUUUGCCUCCGGUGUGUUGUGAUUUGUUUUCUCGAGCCAGCAUUCUACGGGAACAGCAGAGUUGUAGAAGACCACCGUCUAUGUGGAAUGGAAUCCCAAAAAUUCGGAAGGUCACUCUAACCCCAUCACAGCAAAAACUCCCCCAUCCUCUCCACCCUACCAUUCUAUUCCAGCUAUUCCUUACUUCCCAAGUAGCCGAUAUCUUCUUGAUUUUUUUAGAGUAUGCUGAAUGCAAUAUUGGGUAG